AUGGAAGUCGGCGCCUGCUUUCCUGCUGCUGCCGCCCCUCCGACGUCGGCUGGGGCAGGCGCACCCCAGGGCGAUGUCGAGAGCGAGCCCGAUGAUGAGCUCUGGACGCUGGACGAUGGGGAGCCGAAGGCGAUCCCUGCGAAGAACGGCGAGCCAUCUGAUGCAGAUGUGAAUGCCGGCAUGGCUGCAAAGGGCGAGGCCGCGGAGCUGCAUGGCGAAGGCAAGCAGGAGGAGGCGAUCGCCAAAAUGGGCGAGGCGCUAACGUACAACCCCAGCAAUGCCAUGUACUGGGGGCUGCGCGCACUGUAUCACCUGGAAUUCAACAAGCCGCGCGCCGCCCUGCACGACGCCAACAAGGCUCUUGAGUUCAAUCCGCAGAACGUGCGCGCGCUACGUGUGCGUGGCACUGUGAACCGUCACCUUGGUCACUGGGAGGACUCCCUGAAGGACCUCAGCGCCGCCCAGGCAAUCGACUACGAUGAAAACAUGAACGAAACACUCAAGUACGUCCAGUCCCGCGCCACGCAGCGCCACAAGCGGCGCCUGGCGCGACAGCAAGCUGAGGAGGAGGCUACUGCAAGACGGCAAGAGGAGCUGCGUCGUCAGCGGCAGAAGGAAGCCGAGGAGGCUGCAGCGGCUGCGGAGGCGCAAGCAGCGUCGGAUAGCAUGCCCGGUGGCUUUCCUGGCGGCUUUCCUGGUGGCAUGCCUGGUGGGAUGCCUGGAGGGAUGCCGCCUGGUAUGGAGUCUGUCCUACAAGACCCCGAAAUUAUGGCCGCCAUGCAGGACCCUGAGGUGGCGCCGAAACUGACUCAGAUGAUGCAGAACCCUAUGGCCGCGAUGAGCAUGAUUAACGACCCCAAAGUGGGCCCCGUCAUUCAGAAGAUGAUGUCGAAGAUGAUGGGCGGAGGAGGUAUGCCAGGCGGCAUGGGCGAUAUGGGAGGCAUGGGUGGCGGGAUGCCAGGUGGCUUUCAGGGUGCUGGCGGCAUGCCCCCUCACGGUGGUGCUGCUGGCAGUGCCUCGGGUUCGGCUCGGGGAGAUGAUCUCGACUAA